GACGCAUCAUUUUUAAUUAUUUUUCAUAAUCUCAAAAUAGGCAUCUUCACAAUUAUCAUUCUGCACUCACAAAUACUCUCAUAUAUUAACAAAUUUAAUGAUCAUUUGGCAUCUGUCUAAGUAUGCCAUAGACGCUCCUCUUGCCUAUUGGAAACCUUGUUGUCAUGUCCAAUAAUGUGUUUAUUAUUAUCCUUCUUUUAAUAUUUAUUUUGUGUUAUUAUUGUUGUAAUCACAUAUUAAUUAAAGUGUAGAAGAGGAAUAAUUAUAUACUCCCUUAAAGUGAGCAUAUACUAUAGCAAGUUGCCCAAAUAAGGAAAGGAAGAAAAUCCUCCAGGUCCAACUAAAGAGUAGGCAGAAAAUCUUGCCUGUGUCCUUUUGCGGGCCUCAAAGGUGAGGUGUGGAACUGGAGGUUCCUAUUGUUAGCGCAUCUAUGUUAAUGGGUAGUCUUAAGAAUUGGAUCUAAUCCCCAACUUGGCUGAUGAGAUUAAAAAAUUACAAGAAAAUCUGUACCUUCAGAUAAAAAAAAUACAUAUAAACAGGACAGAUAUUAGACACUACGGUCUCACAGCAUUCCCUUUGUAAUUAUAUUGUCCUGCUGUUCCAAACAUUGAUCAACGAAAGCGAAUCACAUCUUGUUGCAUUGCCAAAAAUUAUUCGCCCAACUUGCAGAUUUCCUAGACCUUCUCCAGUUUAUAAGGAGCACUGGUAACUCUUGCCCAUACCAUCCCCUAGACUUCAGUUCUUUCUACCUUCAGUACUGAGAACACAACUCCUUUUGCUUUCUAUCCUCUGCGCAACCAGCCAAUUCCUUUAGCAGCUUUUCUUUAUCAUUCCAACCUAUACCAUCAUCUACUUAUCACUUUAACCAUCUUCUUCUUAUAUCUCCCUUCGUCUUCCGGCCCACCUUAGCCUUAACUUAUCUUUCACCUUAAAGAGAUGGCAUCAGGCUCUCUCUCUUAUUCCCGCAGCUCUUCUAGUUCUAACUCCUCUUGGACACCUAAGCAAAACAAGCUAUUUGAGAAGGCUCUGGCUGUUUUUGACAAAGACACUCCAGACCGCUGGCAGAAUGUGGCCAGGGCCGUGGGUGGGAAGACUGCAGAGGAAGUAAAGAGGCACUAUGAGAUCCUUGUGCAAGAUCUCAUGAAUAUUGAAUCUGGCCAGUUCCCUAUUCCUGACUACAAAUCCACUGGGAGCAACCAUGGAGGAUAUGGUGACGAACAGAGGCUACUGAAGAAUCUGAAGCUGUGAAGGGAGUCAAUUAGCAUUUUUAUUGUGACAAAGACCUGUAAAAUAGCAUAUGCAUAGGUAUAAAGGAAAAAAGUGGAUUGUAACGUGGAGGCUACUGUUCCUUCCCACCAACUGCCAAAUGUUUAUAUUGUCAGUCUGAUGAAUGUUUUCAAAAUCUAACCCCUCUGUGUUUCAGUCUCUCUGUUUGAAAUCUGUACCUACUCUGUAAUGGAUUUUCUAAAUCAAAGAAGUGUUUUAUGUGUUUCUGAUUCUUACGAACUUCUUACAUUUGUUUUAAUUCUUCCAUGUACAAAUCAAACAACAUAAUCGAAGCAAGUAUGGAAUUAGGAGUGAAAAAUUAACAGAUCCAAGAGAGAUUAACGAUCUAGCUAGCAAGUCGAAGAU